AUCUUAGUGCACCGGAAAUGGUUUAUUAAGGUCUGAUGCCGGAACUAAAUAAAGAAUACAUCUAAUUGUAUACACUCACUAAUCACAUAAUGUGUAGGAUAAUGACUGAUCACGUAAUAAUAUAUGUAUAUCCUAGACAAACUCUCUAAGUAUAAAGACAAAGUUUAAAUUGUUGUCUAGAUUUUGAUCUAGAUCUAGAUAGAAUCUGGAAACAAUGAAAAUGCUGUCCAACUUUCGCUCAAGAUAAACCUACACGCGUUAAUGAUUAAUGUCACUGAUGCAGACAUCAACCAACUCAGAACUAUUUCUGUGGUUUAUCUGUUUAGCCACAGAAAUACAUAAAGGUUUGUUCUUCAUGCACAGUAUAGUCAGUAUCAGGGACCUGUCAAAGUCGGUCAGCUGUGAAUCUGGUCUACUAGCCGGAGUUGACAGUAUAGAGUUUGAAGUCACUCUAACUCUCUCCAACCAAAGCAAUGCUCAGCCAUUCAUCCUAGAAGCUGAGAACCAACAGAACAAACUCACAUUUAUGGUCUGCUCCCUAUCCUAUGAAACCAUGACGUCCUGUGAGCCCAAGAGAACACAAGAAUGUAGCUGCAAAUCCUUUACGAACACGACCUACAUUUUGACUGUUAAGAAACUGGCUUUAAAAGACUUAAGUCAGACAAUCAUCAAAACAUCGAAUUCACAAAAUUUUCAAAUUCCAGAAAUAUUCGGCGAAGAGUUGGCAACAUUACAAAUAAAUCAGAAAUCGGUCAGCUUCACAAACUGCCAUGUCAAUCUAGAAAGUAAUUAUGAAUUCCAAUUUGAAUUUUGUACCAAAAACCUGAACGCGCCAACUCUUCAGGUCAAGGUCGGCAACUGGAGCUCAUCCGAUACAAAAGACGACUGUGUGAGGAAUGCUCGGAAAUUGGCUAUCGGCGAGACGUCUGCACAGUUUAAAUAUCAUGACCUAUGUAAACGUGGCAAAACGCUUGUCUGCACCGUUACUGUAACUGGAGCAACGACAAGCUCUCACGUGACACCAUGUAGAAAUUGUGAAAGUGGAAGUAAAACGAUAUUAAUUAUCUGGAUAACACUAAUUGGCCUUGGUCUUGUGGUGGUUAUUCUUGUGAUUUAUUUUUUGUGUAAAGGCUGUAGGGGAACUCGUGCAGCUGAAGCUAAUUCCUUCGACAAGUCAUCGGCUAUGGAAAUGUCUUCGUUUCAAGCUGUUCGCUUAGCUAAGAGUAAAUCUGGGAUAGAUAUUGCCGUAAAGGAGUAGAAAUAGCUAAAGCAAUAUAGUUGUACCCCUGAAAGAUAGCAGAAAGUCUGAAGAAUAUAUAUGGAUCUAUGCAUAGACAAAGUGAACAUACGACAGAAUUAUAAUGUUGAACAAUUGACAGAUAUCAGUGCAUAAAGUUUGCACAAUAUUUUAAAGACUUUCAACACAAAUAAAACCGAUGGCUAACCUCUGUAACACCUUCCUGUGUGAAUGAUACUUAAACAUUGUUUCAGAUUGUAAGCCUAUUUGGCUCGUGUUUGAAUAUUCAACAUUGAUUAUAGUUUAGACCUAAAGAUUUAAUUACAAUUUUAAACUUGUAAGUUUACAUAAUUACAACACUGGUUAAAACUGGGAUAGUAAUAUUCAUUAGAUAUGUUACAUUCAAAAUUAAAUGCCUAAAUAGAUCCUAGCGUUCCUAUCUUUAAAAAGUCAAUUUAGUUCAACUUUGACCACCGAACAGUUUGUGAUGUCAUAGAGAGAUUUAUCAAAAUAUAUUUUUGUAUUUACACACGAAACAAAA